ACACAUUCACAUUUUAGAUGACAAGGUGGUUCCCUCAACUGUGGAAUAUCAAGUUUCCAGGAACCAAAAGCGAGGCAUGCUUUUGGGCUCAGUUUCACUAGCAGAAAAAUUUGUCGUGAAUGGUCUUCACCAUACCGAAGGUCUACAGCAAGAUUUCAUUUCCGACGAUGAUAGUAAACUGGGAUCCAUUUUGAGGAAUGAUGAGGACAAGAGCAAUAAAACCAGGCCUGAGGAAAAAGGCUUCAUCAAGCCGGAAAUUUUGCACAAUGAAACAAUACAGUCAUUGAAGUUCUUCAACAAUCACGAGGAAGCGGAUCAAAACAAAUUCAGCAUUUUUAGGGGCCAUCAGAAAAAUUUCAAUGCCACUUAUUCCUCUAACUCAAAUAGUCACUCAAACUCUGGGACAUCAAAAGACGCACCACAAAAGACUACAGACAAAGAAAGAGCUUCAGAAAUUGCUCAAGAGUCCAAACUUAUUUCAAAUGAAGAAAUACCCGUGGAGAAAAUUGCCUUGAACAGGGCCAUUGACGCCCUCGCCCUUUUAUUUUCCACUUUGGCUGAGCAAAGACUCGGUAUGCGGAAGGACAAACAAAUCAGAGAUGAAGUGCUGCAAAAAAUACCACAACAAGUCAAGUCUGAUCUUCUUCGUCGGGUAAUUCGAGGUGCCAUCAAGAAAUCCAUUUCAGAGUCCAAACUUAUUUCAAAUGAAGAGAUACCCGUGGAGAAAAUUGCCUUGAACAGGGCCAUUGAUCGGGAGCGGGAAAAUAAAAGACUAGAAGAAGCAGCCCAUUUUCGAGGUGCCAUCAAGAAAUCCAUUUCAGCAAAUGCUGGUCAAGAAUUCAACCCCAAACGGAAACCCGCUUCAAAAUUGGAACCCGGGUACGACUUGAUCAGGUUCCCUCGCUCAAAAUCCAAUCCCGAGUCUCUCCAAGGCAAAACCUCUUCUCUGGAGGACCUGAAAAACAAGAUCCGAGGUCAUGAAAUCCGAUACAAGAAACUCCAAAAGCAAAACCAGCGUCUGGAAAAAGUUCUCAUGAAACUAGAAGAAAACGCGAAAAAAACCAACGUCUAAAUAAUAUUAAAAAAACCCGUCACUCAAUAAAAAGAAAUAACGUGACAUUUCGGUAAUAACUGAACCUGAUGAAAGAAAAAAAACAAUCCCGCGUUAUUUUCCUCAUUUUUUUUCUCAAAGCAAUUUUAAAAAAUAAUAUGGAUCACACAGUCAUCAUCAUUCAGUUCUUUCUAUUCCCGUUUUCUAAAUAAAAUAAAAAAUGCGAAGAUGAAACCAAUGGAUGAGAAUCGGAAAAAAUACGGAAUCAAUCCCUUUUUUCAUUGUGUGUUUUCUUUCACCUUUCUCUAUAUCUCCUUUCGAAAAAAAAAACCUGCGUAUGCUUUGGAAAAUAUAGCGUCGAAAAACCUCGGAAGUUUUUUGCAAAAAACACUUCAAGAAAAGCAUGCUCUAUCCUUAUCCCAUGAAUAAGCUUUCAGCAGUCCAUAUCAUAUAUCAUAUCAGUGCUGAGAAGAGAAAUUCAAGAUUUUUCCCUUUUUCACCUCCUUUUUGCACACAAUGAUAUUCACGUGUUUCGCAGCAGUGAUUUUAGCGGGAUCUUGUGCCGUUGCCGAAAUUUCAUCGCUCUCAGAUCCCCUCAUCGAAGAAAUGAUCCCUCUGAAAAAAGGUCGCAUCGUGGGAAGGGCUUACGCGGAAACUAUAAAUUUCGACGACGACACCACAACAUUGAUAACGACACCUUCGACGACGACGACAAAGAAAAAGUCUUUGAAACCCUCAUCGACUCAUCAUUCCAGUGCCAGCAGCAGCAGCAGCAGCAAGAAACCCUCGGCGAAAUUGAAAAAGAAGCCAAAACCCACCAGCACGUCAUCCCCUGAUGAUGACGAUUAUGACAAUAAUAAUAAUACCGAAGACAUCGACAUUCAUUACAUUCGCAGCAACGUCGACAUCAACAAGUUGCACGAAUUAUUGGGCCAGUUGACGAAACCGACGAAAAGGACUCGUCCCCAGCACACGUCAACAACUGCAGCAACACAGAUUUCAAAGUCCAUCGCAGCUCGGAAAGUGAAUGCCAUCAGAGACAAACUCUCGAAAAGACCCAGAAAAUUCCAUAAUUUCGGCAGUGAUGACAAUAAUGAUGACGAAGAAAGUGUCGUGUACGAGACUGCGAUAAACACCAGGGAUGACAAAGAGAAGAAUUCUUAAUUACAAAGUUGCCCUGAGGCGACGGAGCCUGAAAUCGGAAAAACGCAGAAAGUUUCUGGACGUGCAAAGACGCAUGAAACUCAAACAUUAGAAGCAAAAGACUCACAUGAAGAAAUUGCACUUGGCGCAAGUAUCCUGCAGUCUUUACAAGACGAAUCAAUUGCAAAUGUUUUCAGGAUAAAUUCUGCGGGGAAAAAAAAAGAGGAGAGAAACCAAAAUGUGCUUUUCUUUGUCCCGAGCCGAUUCUGUGAAAAUAAUGCUGGAGAGGAAUAAAGGAAAGAAAGAAA